UUGACUGCGACCGUUGCCCGUCCGGUUAUCCCCGUUGUUCCCUACCGCUUGCUGUAUUGUCUAUAUUUUAUUUGCUAUUCUUGCUGACCAUCAAAUCACAGUUUGCGGUAUUUUUUUUAUAGAAAAUCAUGAUGUUCUAGUAUUGUGAUUAUAUGUAAAAAGUACGUGAUUCGUCCAAAAUGUCGUUUUCAUUUGGCACUCCAUCAAGUGCACCAGCUUCAUCAGGUCUUUCUUCAGGGUUCAGCUUCGGCGCUGCCAAGCCCGCGACUCCGGGAUUCGGUUUGGCAACAUCGCAGCCUUCGAGCUUCGGAUUCGGUAGCACAGCGACGACUUCGGCGCCUGCUUUCGGUGCAGCGCCCGCUUUUGGGGCCUCCUCGACUAGUUUUGGGGCUAACACGAGCACUCCUGCAUUUGGGGCGGGGGCGACUUCCACUCCUGCGUUCGGGGCCAGCUCCGGGUUCGGGGCGUCAGCAGCUCCCGCUUUUGGAGCUUCUACGACCCCUGCGUUUGGUGCAACUUCAACUGCACCAGCAUUUGGAGCAGCAACAGCAACCCCUGCCUUUGGAUCCACAUCGGCCGCCCCUGCCUUUGGAUCAACGACUACACCUGCUUUUGGCGCUACUGCAACCCCAGCUUUUGGAGCCACAACUACUCCAGCUUUUGGAGCGACCUCUCAGCCUGCAUUUGGGGCUACAACUACACCAGCCUUCGGCCAAACUAGUGCUCCAUCGUUUGGUGGUGGAUUGGGCACUGGUGGCCUCAACUUUGGGGCUGGGACCAGCACAGCUUCCACAGGAUUAAACUUUGGCACUCCAGCUACCUCAGCCAGCACGGGCCUCGGAGGACUUGGGGGCUUCGGCUUUGGGGCUGCAACUACUACCCAGAGCGGUUUUGGAUUUGGAGCCACAGCUAGCACAACUAAUAGUUUAUUUGGUGCCAAAUUAGGAGCGACCGCAGCCACAGGACUACAAACAUCCACUACAGUGACACCCAGUCUUGGUUUAGGCGGAUUAUCGCAAAGCGGCAUUGGGACUGCGAGCAAUACCACAGGCGAUGGAAAAAGUGAACCGCCUAAACAGACCAAGCUGCCGAAUGAAUUACUAACCGAUGUGGAGUCAUUCAAAGAAUUUGUGAAGAAGCAAAAAUCACUCAGCUCGGACAUCAUGAGAGUAUCGAUCAAGCCGUUGCAUAAGGUGUCGAGCACGGCGGAGAGUACGCUGCGGCAGGCGCUGUCGCUGAGCAGCGAGCUGGGGCGCGCGCGCGCGGUGUCGGCGCGCCUGCGCGGCGCCGCCGCCGCCGCGCUCGCGCACACCGAGGCCGCCGCCCGGGACGCGCUCGGCACAGAGUUGGAAGGCAUGGCGCCUCCGGCGUACAUCAAAGAGCUGAUCGCAGAGCUAGAGCAGCAGAUAGUGACAUUCCGUCGGCAGAUGGAGGUCGCCGAUAAACAGAUGCAGUCCUCACCCAAACUGCUCACUGAACAAGAGUUGAAUCUCGGCAUAAGGCGCAUGCACGAGUCGCUAGUAGCGCUGGCGGGUCGUCUACAAGCUGUGCACACGCAAGUCGAGGCCCAGAAGGAGCAGUACCUGAAUCUGAGGAAAUAUGUGCUCAAGGACUCCACUGACGUGUUCAACUCUAUGUCAGCCAGUCACAGCCUAGAUCAGAUUCUGCGUGACGCAGAAGGCACGAGAAAGAAGACUAAGUCAGGGCUCAACGACAGCCUGGGCCGAGCCGUCCUGUCAGACCCUAGAGCCGCUUUAGGCAGCAUAGCCCGGCUGGCGGGACCCACGCCGUUCAGCUACCUGGGCAAUACAAUGUCCCCGUUCCCCGGAACCGAUAAUAGUGGCAGCAGCUGGCAGCCGGGGGCUGCGCCGACGCCGGCGCCGGCCCUGACCGUUCCUUCAUUUGCCGCUGCCGACUCAAGCUCAGGCUUCCAGCUUCAAAAGCCGCCCGGCAAGCGCGGCAAGCAAUGAUAUUGGCGGUAACCAGGGCUGACGGACUGACGCGGCCCUGUGGUGAAUAAACCUGGAUAUUGACUAUCAAGCAGAAAUUAGACUUAAAAUACCAUUGAAACGAUUUGGCAUUCGCGACUUUUAACUGAAGAAUGCCCGGAAAAUGUAGCUAGCAAUGUUUUGGCGGUGACGGGGCUUAGCACGGACGUAACCAAGCCCUGUGAUUAAUAAUACGGAAUUUAGACUAGCUCAAAAUACUUGUCAAGAAACAGCCCGGAGAAUGUAGCAAGCCAUGUAUUGACGGUAAACGGGGACUCACGUAGCCCUGUGGUAAAUAAUAUUGAAUAUAGACUUGCUCAAAAUACCAAUUCAACUAGUUAAAACUAAACGCCGAGAGAGGGCGUUUUGGCAUACGGGCCGAAACCAGCUUGGACUGUUAACUGAAGAAUAAUAACUUUAUUCAUAUAUAUGGCACAAAAACUAGAAGAAACUGACGGUAACUGUGGUAAUAAUAAGACAUGUGGCGAUAAUCAUAAAUGCGAUGCAAGCCACAUUUAGUUAUUAAUUGUUUGUUUUUAUUUGUCAUUUUGCUUUAUAUAUUAGUAAGAAAAGAAUAAAACAUUAAUUAACUAAUUGAGGCUUGCAAAGUAUCAUGAAUACGCGAUUAUGGGUACGCAUUUUAUAGUUAAGUCAACGGACAAUUCACUUCAAUACUUCUUCAGUCAGAGAUAUGUAUAGGUACAAUUAUUCAAUGAUGUGGUAACUAUAGUUUGUCAAAAGACUGUCUCAUUUCAAACAUUGACAGAGAGAAAUUAUACUAUCUUUGUCUUACACAGUACUAGCACCCAAAAGAAAAGGAUGAGUAUAGUUUUCCUGGUUAUAUACUGACUGAUAAAUUCGUUUGACCAACUAUAGUUAGGAUGGUGGCGGAUAUUUGGAGAACAAUUAGAAUACUGCAAAGUGAAGUUUGCUGUGAUAUAAUGCUAUGCGACCGAUGUAUUAUUAAUCUUAAUAAUUGUCUUAUUUUUAUCUUAAUCAUUGUGUUCAUGAAAAAUGUAACGUAAUGUAAACGUGUGUGUAAAACUCACAUAGGUAUUUUGAAACUUUUGGAAUAACAUGUUGUCAGUCUGUUUGUACAAUACAAACUAAAAUUAUGUUGACUCUUAAUCUGAACAUAAUAAACAUCAUUUUAAAAUGCAUACUCCACGUAAGCACACGAAAAUAUGUACAGUGGUGUUCAAAAGUGCAAGGAUAGAUGUCGACCGUAAUGCCUUAAUAUUACCAAAUAUUACUGUUGAAACAUGUCCAUGCACUUUUGAACGCAACUUACAUAAUACGCAAUAUGUAAUGUAGAAUAUUAGGACCGACAGUUGUGUCAGGUAACCAAUGGCAAUGUCAUGGCUGUAAUAGAAAUUGUUACAACUCUUAAUUUAUGUAAAUCGGAAAUAUACAAACUAAUUGUUAAUUUUA